CGACCGUCUGUGGAUAUGGUUAACGCUGUUAUUCUGUUCUGUGUGUGCUUGUGGCGUCUGCUUGAUGCCACGGAUGAAAUGAAGACAGUGUCAGUGAUGGAGGGAGAAUCUUUUACUCUACACACUGAUGUUUCUGAAGAACAGAAACAUUUCUUUAUUCAGUGGAUGUUUGGAAGCACUCGGAUAGCUGAAGUCAACAGGCUCAUGCAAACCAGCUCCACAUAUGGUGGUCCCGAUGAGAGAUUUAGAGACCGGCUACAUUUGGAUCAGACUGGAUCUGUGACCAUCCUGAACACCAGGACCACAGACUCUGGACUUUACAAAGUUACAGUCAUCAGGAGUGAGACCAGCUACAUGACUUUCAGUGUUACGGUUUAUGUAAACAAAGAUGAUAAAAGAAUCUCUGCUUUAUCAGAGACUCCACACAGUUCUUCAUCAUCAGAAAGUUCUCCAAAGUCCAAUUUGGUGUCAUCUAGUUGUGUGCUAAAUAAUUCAACCAUCAACCAGACUAACAAUAUGAACGUUACUGAACUCCAUCAACCAUGCUCAGACCACAUCCACUGUUGUGGUUUUGCUGAAGCUGUGAUCCGAUUGGUCGCCUCUGCUCUUGUGAGUGUGGCUGCUGUUGCUUUUCUGGUUAAUGACAUUAGAUCUACAAGAAGUGGACGGAAGAGACUAGACAUGACCCAUGGAGUAAAAUCAGACCAACAGUAUGAACUGAGCAGAAGGAUGAGCUCCAGAUAUAAUUGCUGAAGGUUGCUGGUAUAAUCCCCAAAAUAUAUUUUUAACUCAUUGCUCUAUUCAUUGAAAUCGAUCACACAGAAGCAAUUAGUGA